CGCCAGCUUCUGGCAGUUGGGAGGAUCACGUGAGCGGUGCAGUUCCUGGGCGCUGAGGAACGGAGCGACAUGGAGAUGAAGCUAUGGCUUGUGUUGGUGCUGCUGUUUGGCACUGCUGUCGUCCGUGCUCAAGAUGAAGAUGAUGACGAUACUGAUAUUGUUGAAGAUGAAGAUGACGAAAGCCCAGUAGAAAGUGACUCGGAACCAAGCUCUCCACCACCUCCUAAGGUCACGUACAGAGCUCCAGUUCCAAUUGGACAAGUGCAUUUUGCAGAAUCGUUUGAUAAAGGCACUCUGGAAGGCUGGGUCAUGUCCAAAGCUAAAAAGGAAGAUGCUGAUGAAGAUAUUGCAAAAUAUGAUGGAAAGUGGGAGGUGGAAGAAAUGAAAGACACUAAACUGCAUGGGGACAAGGGGCUGGUUCUUAAAUCCCGUGCUAAGCAUCACGCAAUUGCGGCUUUACUCGAUCGGCCAUUCACAUUUGACAACAAGCCACUAUUUAUCCAGUAUGAAGUGAAUUUUCAGAAUGGAAUUGAAUGUGGCGGGGCAUAUAUUAAGCUACUUUCGAAAAGCAAAGACUUAAUUCUGGAGAAAUUUUAUGACAAAACUCCGUACACGAUCAUGUUUGGCCCAGACAAGUGUGGUGAAGAUUACAAACUCCACUUCAUCUUCAGGCACAAGAACCCCAAAACCGGACAGUACGAGGAGAAACAUGCAAAACGUUCAGACGUGGACCUCAAAAACUAUUACACUGACAAGAAGACUCACCUCUACUCACUAGUGCUCAAUCCUGACAACUCAUUCCAAGUCCUGAUUGACCAAACUGUUGUCAAUAGUGGCAACCUUCUGGAAGAUAUGACUCCUCCUAUUAAUCCACCGAAAGAGAUUGAAGAUCCAGAUGAUCAGAAACCAGAAGACUGGGAUGAGAGACCAAAGAUUGCUGACCCUGAUGCAGUCAAACCAGAUGACUGGGAUGAAGAUGCUCCUGCUAAGAUUCUUGAUGAAAAUGCGGUCAAGCCUGAAGGCUGGCUUGAUGAUGAGCCCGAAUAUAUUUCUGACCCUGAUGCAGAAAAACCAGAGGACUGGGAUGAGGAAAUGGACGGUGAAUGGGAGGCUCCUCAAGUAGCGAAUCCUAAGUGUGAAAGUGCUCCUGGAUGUGGGCCUUGGAAAGUGCCGAUGAUUGAUAACCCAGAUCACAAGGGAAAAUGGAAGGCUCCAAUGAUUGACAACCCCAACUACCAGGGAGUCUGGAAACCACGGAAGAUUUCCAACCCGGACUACUUUGAGGAUCUGCAUCCAUUCAAGAUGACUCCUAUCAAUGCUAUUGGUUUGGAGCUGUGGUCAAUGACAUCUGAUAUCUUCUUUGACAACUUCAUUGUUUGCUCUGACAAGGUGGUGGUUGACCAGUGGGCAAACGAUGGCUGGGGUCUCAAGAGAACAGCUGAGGGGACUGCUGAGUCAGGAGUAGUUGGGCAGCUGAUGUCAGCAGCUGAAGAACGCCCAUGGCUUUGGAUUGUUUACAUCCUCAUCAUCGCCUUGCCUGUGUUCCUGGUUAUCGUGUUCUGCUGCACUGGAAAGAAAGAUCCGGCUGCUGAGUACAAGAAGACUGAUGCCCCACAGCCUGAUGUGAAGGAGGAGGAGGGGGAGGAGGAAGAAGAGCAAAAGGAAGAAGAGGAGACCAAAAAGGAAACUGAAGAGGAAAAGACAAAUGAAGAGAAGCAAAGGAGUGAUACUGAGGAUGCUCCAGGAAAUGCAAGCCAGGAGGAGGAGGAAGAAGAGGACGAAAAGGAGCAGAAAAGGGAGAAAGGGGCAGAAGAGAAGCCAAGUGCUGAGCAGGUUGAAGAAAAGAAAGACAGUGCAAGUACAAAUUGAAAACCAUGGAAAAAUUGAGCUGAUUCCUGUCAUAAUUUCGUUUGGGCAACACUUGCGAUUUCUAAUGAGAGACCAUCGUCACUGGGAUUACAGAGAAUUGAACUUUUACAGGAUUUCGUGAGACAACAGUUGUGUGCAAAUAAAAAAAAAACCCUACAAAUCACACUGACCAAACACUAGGUAGACCAGGUUAUUGUAUGUUUUCAGCAAGGACUGUAAUCUGAAUUGAAAUGUACUUAUAUAUAAAUAUAUAUUAUAUAGUAAAACAAAUUCCUGCUUAUUGGUACAAGUCCUCUAAACUCUUAAAUUAUUAAAUUAGUUCAUGGUAGUCUUCAAUUGGAUUUUAGGCUUGCUAAAUUUUAAAGAUGGAAUACUGAGUAAUACAGAUAUACCCAACACGCAAGCCAAGAGGAGGUUAGGGAAGAAGGCAAACUUAUGGGGCCAAUGUACUGUCAGAAUGCUUCAUUGGCUUUAAGUAUAAGUAUAAACUUCCCUGUAUUGGCAGAUCACUUUUCCUAAAAGUUAAUUGAGAACAAAAUCUCAAUAAAGCACUGGAAACCUUCCCAUUCCUUUGCCUUAAGGGUCUCCUUAAUUGGGUUGGAAUGAGUUGGGAAGUGGAAGUGAGCAGGUGAUGGUUUCUAUUCCUCUUGAUUCAUUUUGAACUAUCCCUGCUGUGUCCAAGGGGGAGCAACAAGUAGAAGUUUAACAUGUUAGCGAUAAGACCCACAUUAACCCCACAGUUUCUGUGUUGCUCAACCUCUCCCCACUGCCUCCAACCAAACAAGUAAUAGUUUUUAAAAAUUUCUUUCCAAACAAAAUAGUUGAGCAUAUGAGCAGUGAAGAGAUGAGGGGAAAGCUCUAGGGGCAGUUCAGGUUUUUCUGCGAGUUUGUUUUCCUGCUUUCUCCCCCUCCUUCCCCAUACCCACACCCCCUUCCUCCCAUUGCUCCAAUUUGUGUCCAAAAGGUUUUUCCCUGCAUUGUCUGUCUACUUUUGCAGUUUGUUUCAACUCCCUUUUUAUAGACAUCUUUCUUUCUUCUCCCAAAAACCCAAUUCUUCGAGCUCUACAUUAAAAUAAAAAAUUAAAUAUGCAUUUUAGUUACUGUUAAUGCUACUUUGCCUAUUUUGAUGCCCUACCUGCCCAUUAAGUGUUUGCAUGAAAUUAGAAUGCAGGGUACUGACUAACCAAUUUGGUGAACAGUGUCCUUUUGGAACCAAUUGGAUACCUUUAAAAUCCUUGCUUUCUAACCUGCUGAUUCUAUAUUUCCAGUAAGAUGUGAUCAUAUUGAUGGCUGCCAAUAAAUGCUGUGCUAUAGGGUAAUUUUUAAAUCCACACUUUUGUAUGCACGUGGUAAUAAGUAGCCGAUAUUAACAUUGCACCAUGUCCAGACUCCCACAAGCAUUGGAAUCUCACUCAUGUAGGUGGGAGGGCAGGAAGUAGCUCACAAAGGAAGUUCUCAAUUUCUUUCCAAGUAUGUCCUGACGGAUUUAAAUUUGUAUCGGCUCUCUGUGGAUCUGAGCUGGUUAAUUGUUGAGGUGAAAACAUUUCUAUCAAUGCUCUACAUACACUGUCCAAAUGCAACUCCUUUUCUUGACAACCUGUUGGCAUUGACUGCCUUGGCUUUGUGCUGCAUACCCCUGUUGCUGAGGUGUGUACAUGAACAUUGGUAUAUGCUUUCACAACAGGUUGUGUUUGAGCUGGUGUGGACAUAAUGGUUCAUCCUGUUAUGCUUGUGAUUUUGCCUUUUUAAGUUUGGGCUGAGGUACAUUUUGGAUGGGUACGGUGGUAUUGUGCAUGCAAUGCUCAAGGAAUACGUGACCAAUUCCAAGUGAAAAUGUAUUCUAAAUUUCAGUGGUGAGUUUGAACAGGUUACUUCCUGUAAUAAUCAUUUAUUCUUUACAUUCUAACUUUAACCAGACCACAACUUCUGAUCAUUCUUUGAAUUGUAUGCUUGUAAUUGGGUUACCAAGUAACAAGUUUAGUUCCACAUUUGACCCCAUCUCUCAUACAAACAAAAUAUCUAAACACAAGGUAAUGGAUGUAUUUUGCACACCUCCUCUUGGGUAGGUUGGGAUCUGAUAAAACUCCAAUUCUGAGUGUAGGGAUUUUCAUUCUUGUCUCGGGGUGGGGGGUGUAUGUUGGGUGGAGAAUUUCCCCUUUUCAGUUGUCCUGAUUUAUUUUAUUUGCCAUUUUCUUUUUGUAACAACCUUAUCUUUGAAGAGCGGUGCAUGUCUUCAGGGCAGGAGAGGGUUGAAAGAAAAGGAACCAACAAUGGAUGGAUAUCAAUGGCAAACUUACACUUAAUAGUACUGCAAGAUAAAUAGCACGAGUACAUCUAAUCCUGUAAAAACAGAAGUUGUUUUCAUUGAUGGGUUGUACUUCUAUUUUAAGAUUUCUGUCAGAUGUUUGUACAUGUCAGUUUGGAAUAUGGUAACUUAUGUGGCAGCCCUCUAUCCCAGCAACAUCUCACAAACAGCAAAGAAAUGAAUAAUUAGUUGAUGUUUUGUCACUAAUCACUUUAUGCAUCAGAAAAAUAAUCCAACUCCAGUUACCAAAUUGGUUGUGAUGUGGUGUAAGGUGGUUCUAGUGUUUUUUUUUUAUAAUAUAAAAACCAAGCUGCAAUACUUAAGAUCUCCUAUCCAUUCCUUAGCAACACAAGUCCAUCUGUAUCUAGUAUUCACUUUGUCAAAUAUGUAAUUUUAAACUUUCUGGUGAAACUAAUAUUUCAUUUGCACAUGACUGUUCUACCAUGCCAUGGGAUUUUGAGUCCUUUUUUAAUAUUGGAUGGUAAAAUUUGACUGGAGAGACAUCUCCAAGAUACACUGAAAUAAUAUCUUUGUUGGGUGAAGAAGGAAAACUGGCAAUAAAUGCAAAUCAAAGUGAACCAUCUCAUCCGAGAAGCAAUGGGAGUCUAGGACACUGCAUUGGCCAAUUCAGAUCCUCUUUGAUGUUCUUACCUGAAAGGUUAAUUUUUAAGAUUCCUAACUGCCACAGUGAGUUGUAAGUCCAUAAUACUCAAGUGUGGUAAUAAAUUCAGUGGCAGUUUUGGGUGGAGGAAGUACUUAUUGAUAGAUGUGCAUUCACAAAUUUAUAUUAUAACGCACCCCCCCCACCUCCCCGUCUUGUCGAAACCAUUCUGAGGUGUAGUCUUUGUGCUCCUUAACAUUUUCUGCUAGCCAUGUUCUAAUGCACUGAGUUCUCUAACGUUUUCUUGUUGCUGCUACUGUUGAACCCAUUGGUUGAAGUUGUAUGAAGAUAUCUAACCAGAUUACUCCAUUGCACAUGCCCCUGCCCCCAUCCCCUCUUGGCUGAAAUUCUUAAAUAUUGGAAUUUUUUUUUUGGUUGUUUGCCUUGUUGAACUGUAAUGGUUUCAUGGGUGAAGUUUAAUAAUUGGGGUUACUGUACAAGAGCUCUUGUGUGUUUUUAAUGGGACAAUCUGGUUGUGAUGGGAAUACUGUACCACCAAAAUGAUUGCAUUACUGCCUUGUUUUCUUUUGAGAUGAAAAGAGAGGAGGGAAGAGAUGGCAAACAUGGCCUUUUUCUAAUUGCAGUGUGCUUGCAAUAAUAGGCAACUGGAGCCUGCUAGGAUGUCUUGUAGUAUAGCCCAGAAAAUUGUCUAUGGCUAACGAGGACACCAGGCCAUGAUCCAUCCUCUGGCUGAAUCUGGACCUUGCAGGCUUUUACAGAGUCUGAUGAGCAAUGUGACCACUUUAUUUUUCCUCUCCCCUCUCUCUAUCUCUAAUGUGAGGCUGUUAUAAGCAGCUUGAUUUCUGAAUGAGGAGACUGCUAGUCUACUAUUCAUGGACACAACAGCAGUCAACAGUGGUGGCAGGAAUGAAAGUCUGUAAUGUUGCCAGGACAUCUUUACAGCUACCCCGGUUAUGGCAGUGUGUCAACCGGCACUCGUAUUUUCCAAUCAAAGCUUGUCAGUCAUAAUUUCAAAAGAAUAUUGUUGAAAUCAGGGUGUUACUGUAAUAGCACAAGGUAAUUUCCAUCUCUUUUCAUUGUGUUGACUGUGACUAUGCUUUUCUGGUGCCAGUGUGUUGUAAGAAAAAUUCUUUAAUACUGUGCUGGUAAACUAUUCAUCAGUAAGUUUUUUUAAGUGAUAGAUUGUACAAUGCUGGUUAACGCUUGCUCCAGUUCAUCGCUAUUCAAAGGCAAGCCUGAACAUUCAAAUGGGAAAAUUAACCUGAGCAAAUUAAAAUUGAGUUGACAAAAUAUGCUCACUGAUUUUUAACUCAUCCUGUAAUUAAAUGUUUUCUUUACAAUAUUAAGUUUAUAAUUGUUGAGGUCUAAUGUUCAUGGUUUUGUAAGAAAAACACAAAUAUGCUUUUGCCACCUAGUUCAAAGGGUCUCCAUUCUGCUAGAUGAAUUACCUUGAGUAGUGUAGACACUCUAACCCUUUGAUGAUUCAUAGGUAGCAUAUAAUGGACCCUUUCAAAGGAUUUUUUUUUUAAGUUUUAAAAAGCUGAUUGUAUAGAAUUUGGAGUGUUAGACAAAAUUGACAACCUGGGAUACAAACUAUGUUUGAGUACUUCUCUUCCAGGAAUGUAAACGCAAGAUAAUGUGAUAAAAUGGUUUCCUGCAACUAAAAAAUAUUAAUUAAAACUGAAGUCUGGCCUUUUCA